UACUUUUUCAUCAUAUCUUGUUCCUCUUUCCAUUCAUUCCCUUGCAAUGCAAGCAAAGUUCCCAUGUAAAGAGGAAUCAACCACCACAACCACUGCUACUCUAUAUAGUAAUAUACAUGAUGAACGAAUCUAACGGCCUUAAUUUUCCAAGUUUUUCAUAUAUAAUAGCUAGCGGCCGCUACCGAUGAUAUAUGUAUAUCUUUGAAUUAUAACUAAUGGGGAUCUGUUUCGGGAAGCGGAAGAAAUCGACGGCAGAGAUAGUGCCGCAAAAACAGCCGACGACAACAGUCCGACUGUACGGCUCUCCCAGCAGCACAAACUACAUCCGAUUUGCCCUCAAAUACAAGGAGGCGGCUGUCUCACUUCGCUGCGUGGUGGUCGCCAGAUCUAAUGACGACAACGACGACAAUGACGAAGAUUAUAGAAACUUGGUGGUGGCGAUGGAGGUGGAGGAGGGCGGGUCAUCGUCGGAGCCAGCUGAGAGGGUUUCAGGGCCGCCCAAUACUCUGCUGCAGUUGAUAGAGGCCAGAUUCCCUCAUCCGCCGCUUCUUCUUCAAACGGGGUCGUCCUCUGAAACCCAACCGACGUCGCUGGUGGCGGCGGUGGUGAAGCUGACUGAGCUGCAACACAGGAGCCUGGCGUGGCACUUGGAGAGGUUGGUGAGGUGGGUUAUGGAUCUGUUGAAGCGUCCGGGUAAAGGAAGAGGAGGCGUGGUUGAUCCGACGGUGGGGAGUGCUCGGAUGGAGGUAAGGAAGCUGGGGAGGAACUACUCGCAGCUUUUGGAGCUGAUGUUGGAACACGCUCAGAUGGAGGAGAGACUCCUCUUCCCCAUCUUCAACUACUGUGAUCCAGGGAUCUGUAAAGCUGCGAAUGAAGAACACGCAAGGGACCUACCCAUCAUGAACGGAAUCAAAGAAGACAUCAAAUCCAUUGAGGUUCUUGACAUUGGGAGUCGUGACUACAAAGAAGCUCUUUCCAACUUUUCUAAGCGCCUCAAAUCACUACAGGAGCGUUAUAGACAACACUUUACGGAGGAGGAAAGAGAAGUAUUGCCGUACAUGGAGGCCGCCGAGCUGAGCAAAGAGCAGCAGCAGAGACUAUUGGACGAGUGUUUGGAUGUGAUGCAACAGUCACACUCAUCGCAUUUGUUCAAUUUUCUUCUUGAAGGGUUACUUCCUCGUGAAGCCAUGCACUACUUGGAAUUAAUCUCCAUGUCCACCAACAAACAACGAACAACUUCUCUGCUUCACAUGAUCAUUUAGCUACUUAUAACAUCAAUCUAGCUAGGGUUUUUUUUUUUUUUUUUUUUUUGGCUAUAUUGAUUUGUUGAUUUUGAUACUUUUUUAUUUUAUUUUAUUUGGCUAUUUUAAUUUGUUGAUUUUGAUAAAAAAAAAAAUUAAUGAUUAUAUAGCACGAACAAUAUUUCACUGAGAAAGUUAGUGAAACUUACAUAGACUUGUGCAGUUUGAGACUUACAUAGAAAACCAGCCACAAACUCAGAUAUGCCCCCUAUCGAUCUUGUUGGUCGGUCGGUCUACUAAAGCCAAAUUGGUUCUACAGCUCCAGCCGUCAAUUGGUAUCACCGGUUGCCUCUAGAAUCUCUUGUCGGACGAUCUUUUUAUCUGCCUUACUCAAGCCAAACUUGUAGAUUAGGGCUCAAAUCAUAUCAUUAUAAUUCUUUUAUGUUUCAUUUUGGUAGUUCUAAUUCUUUGUUUUAUGUCUAUUUGGUCUUAUGGUUUACGAAUAAUUGAUUAUGUGAUGCAAUUUUAUGCAUCUAAUACACAAUGUUCGUUACUGUGUUUGUUCAUGAUAAAUACAUCUGGGAAGCAGCAAUGAGUCUCCUGCAAUAAGAGGUAAGCUCAAUAUAACCCGGAUUUAUUAUUGGGAGAGAACUGAACUUCAGUUGUUUUUGGUCACGUUUGAUGGUCCGCAUGCGAUUGAAUUCGGCAUUUCGGAUUGAUUAGGUUAGGACUGGAGUGGACAUUUUAGGAGUUACAAGUAAAUUGUUCGUUCUAGUCUCGUAAACACACAAAAGGAAAAUGUUGUGGUCUCUAAAAACACGAAACAUAUGAACACGGUGUGAAAGAAAAGAUUAUGCUGAGUCAUGUUUUUUAUAUCUCGAUGCAAUAAUGCUCCUUUUGCAUGAUAUGGUUCAA